AUGGCAGGAGGUCGGUUCUCACCAGCACUGCUGGUGCUUCUUUGCCAUGUUCUCUUUGGAAGCUCUUCCUUCCAGCCGGCUCUGGUGCUGGACAUGGCAAAAAUUCUACUCGACAACUACUGCUUCCCUGAGAAUCUGGUCGGCAUGCAGGAAGCCAUUCAGCAAGCCAUCAACAGUGGAGAAAUCCUCAAAAUAUCUGACCGCAAGACCUUGGCAUCUGUGCUGACAGUUGGCGUGCAGGGUGCACUCAAUGACCCUCGACUAACUGUGUCCUUCGAGCCAAACUUUGUCCCGGUGAUGCCGCCCGCCCUCCCUUCUCUCCCCACUGAGCAGCUCAUCCGUCUGGUCAGGAACUCUGUGAAGCUGGAGGUCCUGGAGAAUAACGUGGGUUACCUGAGGAUCGACCAGAUCAUAGGGGAGGAGACGGCCGCCAAGCUUGGCCCGCUGCUCCGGGACAACGUCUGGAACAAGGUUGCCAACACCUCCUCGUUAAUCUUUGACCUGCGCUACAGCACAGCUGGGGAGCUGUCCGGAGUCCCGUUCAUCAUCUCCUACUUCUCCGACCCAGAACCUCUCAUUCACAUUGACACUGUGUUCGAUCGACCCUCCAACACCACUAAGGAGCUGUGGACUAUGUCAUCUAUCAUGGGAGAGCGGUACGGAAAGCGAAAAGACCUCAUUGUAUUAACCAGUAAGCGUACUAUGGGUGCGGCUGAGGCAGUCGCCUACACUCUGAAGCAUUUGAAGAGGGCGAACAUUGUUGGAGAGAGGUCAGCCGGGGGGUCAGUGAAAGUGGAGAAGAUAAGAAUAGGAGAUUCUGGUUUCUACAUCACAAUUCCAGUGGCCAGGUCAGUGAACCCAAUAACAGGCCAAAGCUGGGAAGUGAGUGGAGUAUCUCCCUCUGUAAAUAUCAAUGCCAAGGAGGCUGUUGCUAACGCCCAAAAUCUACUGGCUGUCAGGAGUGCCAUUCCAAGGGCCAUCCAGAGCGUCUCUGACAUCAUCAGGCAGUACUACUCAUUCACAGACAGAGUACCGGCUUUCCUUCAACAUCUGGAAUCCACUGAUUUCUUCUCUGUCAUUUCAGAGGAGGACCUGGCGAAUAAACUCAACAAUGAACUGCAGUCUGUGUCAGAGGACCCUCGUCUGAUGAUCAAACUGACCCAAGAUCACCCGGUUAUCAUUGAGGAAGACUUUGAACCUGAGAACAUACCAGGUGAUCCAGCAUUUCUCAGGAACUUGGUGGAUACAGUCUUCAAAGUACGCAUCCUAACUGGAAACACUGGUUAUCUCCGCUUUGACAAGUUUGGAGACGUGUCAGUGAUGGCCAAAUUAGGAGAGCAGAUUGCCCAAAAAAUCUGGGAGGCCCUCAAAGACACAGAGAAUCUCAUCAUCGACCUGCGAUACAACACAGGCGGGUCCUCAGCUUCCAUGGGCAUCCUGCUCUCCUUCCUCCAAGACCCGUCACAACAGUUCCACUUCUUCACCAUAUACGACAGGAUCCAGAACACCACCACUGAGUUUAACACGCUUUCCGGCCUCCUAGGCCCACCCUACGGCUCGAAACGGGGAGUGUACAUCCUGACUAGUCACUAUACCGCCAGUGCAGGGGAGGAAUUUGCUUAUCUGAUGCAGUCGCUGCACCGUGGCACCCUCAUCGGGGAAAUCACAUCUGGGACCCUGAUGCACUCCAAGUCAUUCCAGGUGGAAGACACAGACAUUGUCAUCACCGUCCCCUUCAUAAACUUCAUAGACAACAAUGGGGAGUGCUGGCUAGGUGGAGGCGUGGUCCCCGAUGCCAUAGUGCUUGCUGAGGAGGCCGUGGACCACGCCCAUGAGAUAAUAGAGUUUCACAAGGAGGUUCUGUCACUGGUGGAGGGGACAGGGGAGCUCUUGGAAGUACACUAUGCCAUCCCUGAGGUCGCCAACAAGGUCAGUAGAGUGCUGCUCACCAAAUGGGCCGAGGGCUCAUAUCGAUCAGUGGUCGACUAUGAGUCUCUGGCAUCCCAGCUAACAGCUGACCUCCAGGAGACGUCAGGUGACCACCGGCUGCACAUAUUCUACUGCGACAUCGAACCCGAGUCUCUGCAUGACAUGCCAAAAAUCCCAACAGCUCAGGAGGUGGGUUACAUCAUUGACACGCUGUUCAAGAUCGAGGUGAUGCCCGGGAACGUGGGCUAUCUGAGGUUCGAUAUGAUGGCAGACAUAGAAGUGAUGAGAGCCAUCGGCCCUCAGUUGAUCAAACUGGUGUGGAGCAAGCUGGUGAACACGGACACAAUGAUCAUUGACAUGAGAUACAACACAGGUGGUUACUCCACAGCCAUACCGCUCCUCUGUACCUACUUCUUCGAUGCUGAGCCCCUGAGGCACCUUUACACCGUCUUUGACCGCUCUACAACCACCAUGACCGAGGUCAUGACCCUGCCUCAGAUCCAGGGUCAGAGGUACGGCUCCACCAAGGAUAUCUACAUCCUCACAAGUCAAAUGACAGGAUCAGCUGCCGAAGUGUUCACGCGGGCCAUGAAGGACCUGAACAGAGUGAAGGUGAUUGGGGAGCCGACCCUCGGAGGGUCCCUGUCCAGCGGCACCUACCAGAUCGGGAACAGUAUCCUGUAUGCUUCCAUACCUAACCAGGUGGUCCUGAGUGCUGUUACUGGGAAGGUGUGGAGUGUCUCUGGGGUCGAGCCACACGUUGCUGCCCAGGCAAAUGAUGCUCUGAGUGUUGCACAGAAAAUCAUUGCAGCCAGGCUUUUAAAUCAAGAUAAAGGGAAAUAG